ACACGGAUUGUGAGCUCCCCUCAUCGUCAACCCAAUCUCCUCCUCUUCUUCUCAACGAAGUCGAACCAAUCACUCAUAAAAUCAGUCACCGGCAGCAACCUACCUUUUCAGAGUGAUCGACGAACACAAAGCUCAAAUUUUGGGUGGCUCGAUCAACGUUUGCUCAGACAUGGCAAGUGGAAGUGGAUCGACAAGUACCUCCUCAAAAUUAAAGAAAUCAAAAGAAGAUAUUGGGUGGAAAUACAACAAAUUAGUAGAUCCUAAUAAUACAAGUCACGUGAUGUGUAACUUUUGCAAUAAUGUUACGACUGGUAGCAUAACCAGAGCAAAGCGACAUCAAAUAGGGAUUAAGGGAGAUGUGGUAGCUUGUCCUGGUUGCCCACAAAUGGUUAGGGAUGAAUUGUUUGCAAACCUUCAAAAGAAAAAUUUAGAGAAGGAUAUGUUAUCUGGUGGCAAUAGUUUUGAUGAUGAAUUUGGUUUUGGUGAUGAUGAAGAGGAAGUUGAAUUAAGAGAAUUGCCAAGAGGAUUUGCUAGUUUUACUUUAUCCGUUGGAGGGUCUAAGAACAAGAAGGCUAAGACAACCGAAGGAGCUAAAGGGCCGAUGGACUUAUUUAUGUAUCAAAAGCUAGAAGCUGUUCUUGAAAAGAGAAAGUUGAAACAUGACAAGGGUAAGCAAUUAAAUAUGAAAGAGUAUGACAAAGAAAUGAGGCCAUUGACAAUUCAAUAUAUUGCCCCAUUCCUUUAUGAAAAUGGGAUUGCAUUAAAUGUGGCCCAUUCAACAAGCUUCAAGAAAAUGGUAGAAGCAAUUGGGCAAUAUGGACCAAAUCUCAGACCUCCUAGUUAUCAUGAACUGAGGGUUUCUUGCCUUAACAAGGAGUUGGAGCACACAAAGAAGCUGUUGGAAUACCAUAAGAGUAAAUUAUUGGAGGAAAAGAGAAAGGAUAUAUUUUGGACUCCAUGUGCUGCACAUUGCGUUGAUCUUAUGCUAGAAGAUAUUGGAAAGAUUUCAAAAGUGAAGCGAACAAUACAAAGAGCAAUGAGUGUUGUUGGAUUCAUCUACAACCACUCAAGUACCCUAAACUUGAUGAGGCAAUUCACUAAUAACACUGAGUUGGUUAGACAUGGGGUGACAAGACUCCAAAGGAGUAAAAGCAAUGCAUACUGUGAUGGCUACCUCAUUUGGAAUAGUGUAUUGUAUGCUCUUAAAGUUAUAGGCCCCCUUGUUAGUGCUUUGCGACUUGUUGAUAGUAAAAAGAAACUGGCCAUGCCUUAUAUUUAUGAGGCAAUGGGCAAAGCACAGGAUGGCAUCAAGAGAUCAUUAAAUGAGGAUGCAAGCAAAUACAACGAAAUACUUGAUAUCAUUGAUAGAAGAUGGGAAUGCCGACUUUAUCGCCCUUUGCAUGCAGCAGCUUAUUACUUAAACCCAACAACCUUUUAUGGCACUCCAAACAUGAAUUUAGACUUAAGACUUACGAGUGGAUUGAUGGAGUGUAUUAAGAAGAUGGCACCUCAUAUGGAGAUGCAACUCAAAAUAUAUGAGGUGGUGGCAAUUUAUAAGAGAGGUCAAGGCCAUUUUGAUGAGGAAGAGGAGUUUGAGACAAGUGCCAAUGGUAAAGGUGAAAAAGGCCAAGUUGAUGAUAUUGAUGAUUAUGAGGUUGAGGAAGAGGAAAUGGAAGCUGAAGGGAGUGAUUUUGAUUCUUAGAUUUCAUGAUAAACUUUAGAUUCUUAA